AUGGCCUCUGACAACAACGUCGCAUUCUGGGCGAAGACCGACAAGUACCUGAUGUCUACGGGUGUCCCCUACUCCCCGAUCAUUAUCACGAGGGCAAAAGGCACGAAACUCUACGAUGCAGAGGGUCGCCAGAUCUUGGACUUUACGUCCGGACAGAUGAGCUCUCUUCUGGGCCACUCGCAUCCAGAAAUCGUUGAGGUCGUUCAGAAAUAUGUUGCUGAGCUGGAUCAUCUGCUGAGCAACAUGAUCACCCAGCCAGUUGCAGAUCUCGCAGAGAGAUUAGGCAAGCUUCUUCCUGCUCCUCUUGAAAAGGCAGGUCAUCACCUCACGCCCUGUCGAAUAGGAUAG